GAAUACAAUACUGUGGAGGACCCAAUACUGUCUGCAACUUUUCUCAAACAUCUUCGGAAUAAAAAUGAGGGAGAAUUGAUCCGACGACAGUACAAUCAAACCUCAAAAACCAGAAAGCGGGUGAAGCGCAAGUCAAGCGACGAUGGUGGCUCUGAAAGAAGGGAGCAGGCCACCAUGGGUUGGCCUUGGAGCGGCGGUUUGGGUUCAAAUAGCCGCAGGGAAUGCCUACACUUUCCCUCUCUACUCCCCUUCUUUGAAAUCAGUCCUUGGUUUCAGCCAGCAGCAGCUUACCAUUCUCGGAGUGGCCAAUGAUAUUGGGGAAAAUGUGGGGAUUCUUCCAGGGAUAGCCUCCAACAAGUUCCCACCCUGGUCUAUCCUCCUUGUUGGAGUUGCUUGCUCUUUCUUUGGCUAUGGCGUUCUUUGGCUUGCUAUCAGUCAGACUGUUCAAUCCUUGCCUUACUGGCUUUUAUGGAUUGCACUGUGUAUAGCCACAAACAGUAGUGCAUGGCUUGGGACAGCUGUGCUUGUUACCAACAUGAGGAACUUUCCUCUCAGCAGGGGAACAGUUGCUGGUAUACUCAAAGGGUAUAUUGGUAUAAGUGCCCAAGUCCACACUGAGGUAUUCACUAUGGUUCUUGAUCAGUCAGCGUCCAUGUUAAUUCUUUACCUCACACUGGGAAUUCCUAUUAUAUGUUUGUUGAUGAUGUAUUUCAUCCGUCGAUGCACACCGCGUUCUGGCGACGACUCAUCGGAACAUUUUCACUUUCUAUUCACACAAGCCUCAAGCGUCUUUCUUUCCAUAUAUCUUCUCGCCACUACCUUUUUGAAGGACACAAUCUCCAUUAGUAAAAAUAUCAGCUAUUUAUUCGUUGUCAUUAUGGUUAUUCUCUUGUUGUCUCCUCUUGCAAUCCCUUUGAAAAUGACAUUAUUCCCAGCAAGGCCUAAAGAAGGUGACUCUAGCCAAACGACCCCUUUGUUAACACCGUCUUCUUCAUCAGCACAACUUGGUAGCUUUCGCGAGGGUGAAGAAAUGUCAGACACAGAAUUCUUGCUAGCUGUGGGUGAGGGUGCGGUAAAACCUAAAAGAAGACCGAGGAGGGGAGAUGAUUUCAGAUUCCGCGAAGCUGUUGUAAAGGCCGAUUUCUGGCUCCUUUGGUUUGCAUACUUUCUCGGGGUUGGUUCUGGAGUUACUGUCCUUAACAACUUAGCACAGAUUGGAGUUUCACUUGGUGUGGAUGAUACGACGAUAUUGCUGAGCUUGUUUAGCUUUUUUAACUUCUUGGGCCGUCUCGGAUCUGGUGCAGUUUCUGAGCAUUUUGUGAGAGAAGUGUCAUAACAUCGACACAUGAGGCUUCAAGUAUCAUAUCUUAUAAGGCGUAGCACCUAAAGGAGCUUAGACUGGGCCAAAAUCAGUGUUCAUAGGUGUGACAUUGUUUGCUCUGCUUUAAUCGUGAACUAUCAUGGAAUAAUGUAGGGAAGCGUAAAAGAUUUUGAUGGGUAUUUGCAGGUCAAGAACAAUUCCCAGGACAUUCUGGAUGAUAGUAACCCAAACUAUCAUGAUGUUGGCAUUUCUCCUAUGCGCAUCAGCUCUUCCGGGGACUCUAUACCCUGCAACAGCAUUGCUUGGGGUUUGCUUCGGGGUUCAGUUCGGCAUUAUGAUCCCAACUGCUUCUGAGCUCUUCGGGCUGAGGCAUUUCGGUGUCAUAUUCAACUUCAUGCAGCUGGGCAACCCCAUUGGUGCACUUCUCUUCUCUGGUUCACUUGCCGGUUAUGUAUAUGACAAAGAGGCUGCCAGUCAAGGUGCUGCUCAUUGUAUGGGCCCGAAUUGCUUCAGGCUCACAUUCCUGGUUUUAGCCGGAGUUUGUGCUCUGGGAUCUUUGUUGAGUAUAAUUCUGACGGUUAGAAUCAGACCGGUGUAUCAGAUGCUAUAUGCUGGUGGAUCAUUCCGUGUGCAGCAGAGUGCAGUCCAUUGAUAAGACGGGUUUAUCAGGAUACAAGUGCAAGGGCUUAAAACCCAGCUGUUCUCAAUUUUUUGGGUGAUCCUAGUAUCGAUUCACACGUAUUUAUUUCUGUCCCUUGAAACCAGACUGCUCUGGGUUUUUAUUGAUUCUAUAUUUCUAUAUCUGAUGUAAACCACUUUAGUAGAAGUGUAGAAUCAUAUGUUUGUUCGAAUGUGAUGGAAGUCAAAUGCAAAAAUGGAUUAAAGAAGGGCCAUCAUAUUUGCAAUGUGAGAUUUUACAAUUCCAAAGUACAUCACUUGUUUUGUAAAGGUAUGUGAUAAAAAAAAAUAACUUGAACGUGUAUGGAGCGGACUGUUAUGUAUAGUACGUAGUAGUAUUCUACAUUUCUAUUUUUAUUAACAUUUGCAUGUUAAGGACAAGUUUAUUAAUAUAAACUUUUGUCAUAUACACGCCUAUAUUUGGUCAUAUAAUUUGUUGAUGAAAAUUUUUAAUUUACAAA